GGCGGAAGUUGAUCACCUGUCAGAAAGUGCUAAGUUGUCACUUCAACCAGAUUGUUUACUUUCGUUGCAAAUACAUAAACGAUGCCGACGUAAGGAGCCGGAAAAGACCAAUUUUGCUUUUUGUAUGAAAGAAAGUUAUGUGGUAUGUGAUGGAGAGUGCACAGCAAAACUACCACUUAUCGGAACGCCUUAUUAGAGCCAUCAGCAAUUGGAGGACCUUCGCUGGUGCUAAUGAUGAUGUGGAGCAUCUGAUUGAUCUUGGUGCUGAUGUUAAUGGAAUCCAUGGCACUCUACUGCCACUGCAUUGUGCAUGUAUGGUCAGUGACAGCAGCUGUCUCCGUCUCCUGCUACAGAAAGGAGCUAGGGUAAACGAGGUUGAUGGUUAUGGUCGGACCGCUCUCCACUACGCUGCCGAGAGGGACAUCUUCUGUGUGGAGGUGCUGAUGCAGCAUGGAGCCGACCUCAACGCCGGGGAUGGGAACCAAGAUACCCCCUUACACUGGGCAGCCUACAAAAACAAUGUCGCCUGUGUCAAACUCUUAUUGCAAAAUGGUGCUGAUGUGGAUGGACGAGAUUAUAAUGAAGACACUCCUCUAGCCUGGGCAGCAAGGAAGGGUCAUUUGGAGAUUAUCAAAAUUCUUCUAGAAUACAACGCCAAUGUUGACAGGAAAAAUCUAAUGGGUGACACACCUCUUAUACGGGCUGCAUCCAUUCAAGCGAGCGGUCUCAACACCGAUCUUGAUGACGCAGUAUUGGAGUUGCUGAUUAAAGCAUCUGGGCAGUUUGACCUGCGGAAUAACAGAGGGGAGUUAAUCGGGAAUAUAGGUCAGGAUAAUAAGAUGACUGAACUGCUGCUUCCACUGUGCAAAAAUACAAAGAAACUCCAAGACCUCUGUCGCCAUUGUAUACGACGUUGCCUUGGUUACCACUACUUACCAAACAAAGUUCCCACACUUCCCUUGCCCCUUCAACUGCGCGAUUAUAUUUUACUUCGUCGGUGAUGAGAUUGUCAUGGAUUUUAUUCAGGAAUCAUUUGUAUGAUUGGGAUUGGUUUUACCAUGUUUAUUAUUACUUUGUUUUUGAAGGUGGUCCUCAUGUUUUAAAAGAUUUCUUCAUCAUAAUGACUGGCACAGUCAACUGGUACAUUUGGAUGCAGGUCAAUAUAUUAGAAAUAGCUCAAACCAAUAUAUUUCAUCCAUUUACCGUUGUUUAUUUGUUGAUGGUUAUUCUCUGAAUGACAAAACCAUUGUUAACAACUUAUCAAAAUCUUUGAUUUUUGGCCCUUCGUCACUUGGUAUACACAUUUAUGGUUUCCCCAGUUUCAUUGAAGGAAUUCUAGGGAGAUUUGGGUGUUCUCAAAUCCACAGUGAGUGAGUCAGUUUUGUAUAACAUGGCUUAGCAAUAACGUAAGCUCUAUCUUCUGCAUAUGGAGCUAAUAUCAGAACAACCAAAUUAAAUCUUUCCUCCGUCCCAAUCAACAAACUGUUCUUAGCACUAAGACAAUCGUAAGUCAACAUUGGGAAUGUGAGUUACGACAGUCGCAGCCCUAAGCGAUCUUAGUGCUAAGACAAUCGUAAGUUUAUGUUUAAGAAUGAGAGUUACGACAGUCACAACCCUAAGCGAUCUUAGUGCUAAGACAGUCGUAAGUUUAUGUUUAAGAAUGAGAGUUACGACAGUCGCAACCCUAAGCGAUCUUAGUGCUAAGACAGUCGUAAGUUUAUGUUUAAGAAUGAGAGUUACGACAGUCACAACCCUAAGCAAUCUUAGUGCUAAGACAGUCGUAAGUUUAUGUUUAAGAAUGAGAGUUACUACAGUCAUAGCCCCAGGAAUGCUGGUGUGGAACAAGACCCAAAUAUUUUUAGUCUGUUACGAUACCUCUCCUUGCGAAACUGAAGCUGAACUGCAUUAAGAAGCUGACAUCUGAUUGUCUAAGAAGCCAUGCAUUCUUCAUCAAUAAAGAUUGAGUGGUCAAAGUUCUCUCAGGGUUCACCUAAGGCGACCUUCUAUGGAAAUGUCCUCAGAUCUUUGGGUGAAGAGGUAUCGUAUCUGAGUACAGGAUCUGAAUUCAAUGAGAUUGAUAUUUAUCCGAAACUUUACUUACACCCAUCCACUGCUGGAAUACUGCUAAAAGCAGAGUAAAACCAUACUCACUUCAAAAGCUGUUUGGUUUUUUGUUUUAAAUGUUUAAAAAGGAAACAAAUUUGUUGAAAUUGUUGAUAUGGUUAACAUGGUUAAAGGGGAAAUAAAUAAGAAAUUAAUUUCCCUUUCUAUGUUUUUUAAAAAUAUUUUAUUCAGUCUGUUUUGUUCAUGUUCAUUGUUUAUGAAAACGUAAUUAGUGUGUGUGACCUUUCCAUGAUGAUCUACUUGAAUGUUUCUCUCAUUGUUUUGGUGAAAGAUUAGUAAUUUGCAAAAUAUUAGGUUAGUGAAUUCGUAAACCAAGUAAUAACAUGGAGUAGCAAGGUUAUACCCAGUGUAUGAACAUAAUAAUUGUGUCGACAUGUCCAUUCUUGGUAGUAUUGUACAAUGGUACUCUGGUAUCAAUCAAGCACUAUGAUAAUGAGGGCUGUCAAAACUGAUUAAUAUGUUUUUCAUAGUUCCAAGUAUUUUCCAUGAGAGAAAAUUGCGUUGAUUUUUUCAUUUGUAUAUUACAAUAUGACUUCUUCUUAAAUCAUGUAUGUUUGGUAAGAUUGUGUGAAUUAUUUCAGAUGAUAAAUUAAUGGAUCAUUUUAGUAAAAGGCUCAAUAUUGAACAUGUUGAAUACUAUUCUGUGAUCAUGCGAUACAAGUUUAUACUGUUGAACCAAAGAUCAUGCAAGCCCCCGCCUUGAGAGUCAUGAAACUGUUGGUAACAUCAUACCAGUACUUGUCAUAAUACAAGGGAACAUCCUCCUCAAAUAUCCAGUGUAUUAUGUCGCCAUUCUUUUUUUUAUAAGUACCCUGGACCCAUUUGCUAUCAGAGCUUCAUUUUGGAUGUGACGUUACCAUGGUUCCCAUCUCCCGCUCUUAUCACUUAGCACAGAGUUUCUUAGUUCAUGAGCUUGAAAGCAACAACCAAUCAAAAGGCCUCUUCUGAAUUCUUUUGAGUUAGGCAUAGACCAACAUUUAAAAUCACGGCCUUGUACGAGCAUAUAUAUUUAACUGAAUGAGGAGACUGUCAAGCAUUUUUGCUGGAAAUGGAAUUUCCUGGGUGGUGCUGGUGGGAGUCCUGAAGCUACAAGAUGAUCACAGUUUUAUGUUAACGUCAAGUUGAGCUGAAUGCUGGUAAUAUCUUAUUUUAGUAACUUGGGUAAUUUUAAAUAUGGAAUUUGAUUGGACGGCUGUUUUUGUAUUUCAAACCAGAAUCUAAACAAAGCCAGGCUCCAGGUGCAGGGUAUAUUACAGCAUUGGAGUUAUAGAAUGGAGACAGGAUGUCUGGAUGAUUGAAGAGAGGGAACUACAGCCGCAUGACUUUUUAUAUACACAGUAGAUGGCAGGAUUUGCCAAUACUGGAAGUGUUAUCAUGUAACUUGCAUAUUAUGUGAGGUAGAAAUCUGUGUCAUUACUUCACAGGUUUGUUUAUACUACAUUCCUGCAUGAUCCAUGAAUACAUAUGGCUGCUUGGCUGUGUAGCAAAAGCCUUGGUCCAGCUAGAAGAACGCCGGCAAGUGCUCACACCGAUCAGCUCCAGUGCACAGACAGCAAUUUGCCUUGCUUGACAACAUGUACCAAAGCCUUGAGGAUGUCUUCUCUACAGACUGCCUCAAAGUUUGGCAGUAGUAGGGUUUACACAAUGUUCAUGUAUGGAAUAUGACUCAUUUGACACCAAUGAGUUAUUAACAGGCUCAUAUCAUUAGCUUGCUAAAAGUAGACAUGCAUCACUACCACCUAAUGAAGUGAAAGUUUUGAAGUAUUCCUGUCUGGUAUGAUAAAUACCCUGAACCAAACCUCGCCAUAGUGUCGUGUUGAGACCAAAUCAACAAAAGUGAGAGAAAAUCUUUGUAAGUUUACUGAUUAGACUGAUGGAGCUAAUGACUCUUUCUAUACAAAGCUAAGGUAGAGAAUGGGUUCAGGAUGUUAUCAUAACCAUGGUAACAGAAUGGAAAUUAAUACACUGCAUUAUUGUGAUGGGUUUCAGUAUUACAUAUCAAUACAACACAAAGAGUUUGUUGGAUAGUGUUGACAUACUUUGUCUGCCUGUCAUUAUUUUGUAAUGGCCACAAGCUGAUUUUGUACCAUGGUGCUCAUUUCUACAUCAUUAUUUUGUCACAAGUCUCAGUGGUUCAUAGCCUACCCUAUGAUGUAUGGUUAUAGGAAACACUCUGUGCCGCGGUGCUGCUUAAUCCUGUCAGUGGUAACCCCAUUAACUUGUCAUGGGCACAUGGUGUUAGGUGUUCUUGCAUGACAGUCUUACCAUAGUUACAUCUUUGUGUGCUUAUGUUCCUAAGCUUCUAGAAUAUGCAGGUCAAAUCCGAGAUUUAGAGUGGCAUUCUUGUCCUUGGUCUGUCAUCUGUGGUAAUGGCUUCUUUGGAAUGAAAAAAUAAUAUUUUUGUAAAGACAAAUUCAGCAUUAUCCCCCACCUCUGAUUGUCUGAUUGUCUAAUAUGAAACUCCACCCACGCCCACUGAAGUUUAGAAUUUGAAAUAUGAAGCCCCCUACAGGAGGUCUUCCUCUUCACAUUCAGCUGACAUAUUGUGUCACAAACCUGGGUUCCAACCCAAAUUCACUCAUAGACAAGACCAUAAUCACUUGCAUGGUUGUUGUGAAAGGUUUUCUCUCAUGCCCAAAUGCAAAUAUCAGAAAGGAAACAUUGUGUUUUUCAUGUUCUCCCUUUCAAUGCUCUUACCUUGAUGGUGAUCGAGGUAGAGUAUGGGACUACAACCUGUUCAUGGUCCCAGCUAGGAUAAUACCUUACAAAAUGCUAAUGAUUUGAUAUCAAAUUUUUAUCUCAGUACAACAAGACUAUACAAAAAUUAUGCCCAUACUUUGGUGUAUAAACAUGUGUAUAACAUGUAGAGCAAAGUAUAAAUAUUCAUCAUCUUUGGUAGUGUUAUACAUUGCAUAUGAGGAUCCGUGUUAGAAUUUGUCCUCGGGAGCCCAUGCACUUGUCUAAGUUUUGUAUUACAUGGCUUUGCAAUAAUAAUAACUGUGUCUUGGCAUGAUGAUCCAGUGCCACAACCAUGAGGGUGAUCAACUGGAUCGGGUGGUCAGGCUAGGUUCAUUGCAUGUCACCCUAUCACAAUUGCUGAGAUCAAUGCUUUUGAUGUCAAUCACUUGAUUAUCCUGUCCAGAUUUGAUUAUUUGCUGACCAUUAUCAUAUAGCUGGAAUAUUGCUGAGUGCGGCUUUAAACAACAAACAAACAGAUUAAAGGUUCAAAUAUUUUACUUUAAACAUUAGGAUUACGACAAUGACCCUUGCCUUUCGUUCAUAAUUUGAACACUGCUGGGUUUUGCAUUUUCCUCUGGAGAAAUGAUAUUACAAAAAGUAUUUAAGAAGUACCACAGGAGUUUGCUCAUGUUGGAUCAUGUUGACGAGUUACCAUGGUUACGAAUAAAUGAUCAUUUUCAUCAGAAAGGAAAUCAAAGUAACAAUUUCAAAUUUUGUGAUAAUGACACAAACUCAUUGACUUUGUAUUGUGGGCCCCAUCUGCAUAGCAUUUGUAGCACUACACCUGUCAUAACCCCAUAGUGUAACAAGGACUUAUGAGAGUUGAUUGGUAAGUUCUGAGCCUCCCAUUGAAAGACUUUGACGUAAAUAUAUAAAAAUGAUAUAUCAGCUUCAGACAGAGCUAGAUUAUCCCAAGACAUGUUGUGUCUGGUGAGUUUUUGAUCAGAUGUCAGAAGCUUUGGAACCCUAUUAGCCAAUACUUUCUUCAUUGCCAAGAAUGUACUGUACUCUCCUUUGAAAUGCCUACUGAACUAGCAAUAUGAUGCUAAGUCAUUCGCUGUCGGUCAUCACCAUGUCAUUGAUUCAAGGCUUUCCCUCUCCAACAUUUUAUGGCAUUAUAGAAAGGAAGUUCCUUUCCUAGGGUUGUACUCAUAUCUUCAUGGAUGGCUUUUGGUGUUAUUCCCUUUUUGUAUAAAUACUCAAUGACUGCCCAUUCCUCAAUUUUGUCCAUUUUCCAAUGGUCACAGACCCCUGUUUGUUUUAUGGGCUUGUCACAGCAAAACAAUUGUUCAGUUGACUCAUACUUUUGUGGAUAUUCCUCCAAAACAUGUAAUGUCAACAACAACAGAUUUCACUAUCAUGCAAUUCCUUCUCUAUGAUGCUCAGAACUUAUCACUCAACAGUGUAAUAUAGACUUACAACUGGAUUAACUUGUGUAGCAUAGACUUAGGUCUGUCAUAACGCUACCAACACUUUGUGGAUUGGGCUCCUGUUUUAUUAGUUAUUAGUGAUGUAUAUGGAUGUACAUGGAUAUAGGACUGUACAAGCAUUUGUCAUUGGUGAAAUGAUUCUAUGGAGAUUUAUCAUUCAUGGAUAAUAAUUUAUUCCUGCUGGUUUUGAAUGUUUUAUUUACACUGUUACAUAAUAGCAUUUCUAUGGUUAUGCUUCCAUGACAUCAGAUUUCAGGGCAAACAAUAUCCACAGAACCCUAUGCUGUACAAUACAGGGCCCAUGCAGUCGUCUAAGGCGCCGCGAUUCGCUGUGCAGAGUUGCGUCCCUUGGGUACACCAGAAACCUAUGAUUGUGGGUUUGAAUCCCGGUUCGCCCCGAUUAUGUUUCUAGGUUUGUCAGCACCAUA